CCACCCCUCCCCCUUGAGCGCCAUGUCACUGAUUUAGAUGAAAGACACCCAGCGUUGUCUGACCAUCUGCUCUGGGGGAUAUGAGCCUGGCUGGGUAUCUAGUUUGGACACUGUGAUGUCAGUGUUUGGCACAAAUGCCAGGGCACAGAUGGGCUACUUUAGUGGGCAUCUCAGGACGUAGCAAUUGGUCCAGGUUUUCAAGGCUUUGAAUUGCUUGGGUCUCAUGACCCAGAAGAGUGGAGAGCCCUCCAACCUAAACCUGCCUUUCCCACCCCAAUUUUCUCCCUCCUCCCAUUUGUCUGACACAUCAGAGCUGUGAUGGUCUCCUGAACAGAAUGUAGCCCAUCUGCCACUUCUUCAUGCCUGCCAAUCCAUGGAGUGGGUGUGAGCCCGUGGACAGACAGCCCCACCAGCUGAUGUGUAGUGGAACCGGCCUCCUUGCAAACUCUGCUAGCUCACCCCAGGACUCUCCUCAGAGGCUCCGAUCACAGGGGAAGGUCAAGCCAUGGGCAUCAGGGAGAUGGAUGGGGAGCUGACCGCAGCCCCUACACCUGAGCAGUCAGACCGAGGCGUCCACUUCGUCACCACAGCCCCUACCCUGAAGCUGCUCAACCACCACCCACUUCUGGAGGAAUUUCUUCAAGAGGGGCUAGAAAGAGAGGAAGCGCCGAGGCCAGCACUGCCCUUCCAGCCAGACUCACCUACACCCUUUACUCCGAGCCCCCUUCCCCGCCUCACCAACCAAGACAACCGCCCCGUCUUUACCAGUCCGACUCCAGCCGUGGCUGCAGCACCCACCCAGCCCCACUCCAGGGAGAAACCUUGGAGCCUAGAGUCCGAGCCCCCUGAGCUUUAUAUCACAUCUCCCCUUCCUCCAGGGCUGAGUAUGGCAGUGCCCACACUGCUCCCAGAGGACAGACCCAGUACUACACCCCCUAGCCAAGUAUGGACUCCAACUCAGGAGGGUCCUGGUGACAUGGGCAGACCUUGGGUUCCAGAGGUCAUGUCUAAGACCACAGGGCUUGGUAUCGAGGGGACCAAUUCCACCUCCACAGCUUCAGGGGAUGACGAAGAGACCACCACCACCACCACCACCAUCAUUACUACUACUGUCACCACAGUUCAGUCACCAGGCCCCUGUAGCUGGAAUUUCUCAGGCCCAGAGGGCUCUCUGGAUUCCCCCACGGCCCCCAGCUCACCCUCUGAUGUUGGCCUGGACUGUUUCUACUAUAUCUCUGUCUACCCUGGAUAUGGAGUAGAGAUCAAGGUGGAGAACAUCAGCCUUCAGGAAGGGGAGACCAUAACUGUGGAGGGCCUGGGGGGGCCUGAUCCACUGCCCUUGGCUAACCAGUCUUUCCUGCUGAGGGGCCAAGUCAUCCGCAGCCCCACCCACCAAGCAGCCCUGAGGUUCCAAAGCCUUCCACUAUCCGCUGGGCCUGGCACUUUCCAUUUCAGAUACCAAGCCUAUCUCCUGAGCUGCCACUUUCCUCGACGUCCAGCUUAUGGAGAUGUGACUGUCACCAGCCUCCACCCAGGAGGCAGCGCCCGCUUCCACUGUGCCACUGGCUACCAGCUAAAGGGUGCCAGGUUCCUCACCUGUCUCAAUGCCACCCAGCCCUUUUGGAAUUCCCAAGAGCCUGUCUGCAUUGCUGCUUGUGGCGGAGUGAUUCGGAAUGCCACCACUGGCCGCAUUGUCUCUCCUGGCUUCCCGGGGAACUACAGCAACAACCUCACCUGCCACUGGUUGCUAGAGGCUCCUGAGAGCCAGCGGCUGCACCUGCACUUUGAAAAGGUCUCCCUGGCUGAAGACGAUGACAGGCUCAUCAUCCGCAAUGGAAAUAACGUGGAGGCCCCGCCAGUGUACGAUUCCUAUGAGGUGGAAUACCUGCCCAUUGAGGGCCUGCUCAGCUCCGGCAGACACUUCUUCGUGGAGUUCAGUACUGAUAGCAGCGGGGCAGCUGCAGGCAUGGCUCUACGCUAUGAGGCCUUCCAGCAAGGACAUUGCUACGAGCCCUUUGUCAAAUAUGGCAACUUCAGCAGCAGUGCGCCAUCCUACCCUGUGGGUACGACUGUGGAGUUCAGCUGUGACCCUGGCUACACCCUGGAGCAGGGCUCAGUCAUCAUCGAAUGUGUCGACCUCCACGACCCCCAGUGGAAUGAGACAGAACCAGCCUGCCGAGCCGUGUGCAGCGGGGAGAUCACAGACUCUGCAGGCGUGGUGCUCUCUCCAAACUGGCCGGAGCCUUACGGCCGAGGGCAGGACUGCAUCUGGGGUGUGCAUGUGGAGGAAGACAAGCGCAUCAUGCUGGACAUCCGAGUGCUGCGCAUAGGCUCUGGGGAUGUACUGACCUUCUACGAUGGGGAUGACCUGACAGCCCGGGUCCUGGGCCAAUACUCAGGGCCCCGUGGCCACUUCAAGCUCUUUACCUCCAUGGCUGAUGUCACCAUCCAGUUCCAGUCAGACCCUGGGACCUCAGCGUUAGGCUACCAGCAAGGAUUUGUCAUCCACUUCUUUGAGGUGCCCCGCAAUGACACAUGUCCAGAGCUGCCUGAGAUCCCCAACGGCUGGAAGAACCCAUCACAGCCUGAGCUGGUGCAUGGCACGGUGGUCACCUAUCAGUGCUACCCUGGUUACCAGGUGGUAGGAUCCAGUAUUCUCAUGUGCCAGUGGGACCUAAGCUGGAGUGAGGACCUACCUUCGUGCCAGAGAGUGACGUCCUGCCAUGACCCAGGGGAUGUGGAGCACAGCCGACGCCUCAUAUCCAGCCCCAAGUUUCCCGUGGGAGCGACUGUGCAGUAUGUCUGUGACCAGGGUUUUGUGCUGACGGGGAGUGCCAUUCUCACCUGCCAUGAUCGGCAAGCGGGCAGUCCCAAGUGGAGUGACAGGGCCCCCAAAUGUCUCUCGGAACAGUUCAAGCCGUGCCAUGGCCUCAGCGCCCCUGAGAAUGGUGCCCGCAGCCCCGAGAAGCGGCUCCACCCAGCAGGGGCUACCAUCCACUUCUCCUGUGCCCCUGGUUAUGUGCUGAAGGGCCAGGCCAGCAUCAAAUGCGUGCCUGGACACCCCUCACAUUGGAGUGACCCCCCACCCAUCUGUAGGGCUGCCUCUCUGGAUGGGUUCUACAACGGCCGUAGCCUGGAUGUUGCCAAGGCACCUGCCACCUCCAGCUCUCUGGAUGCUGCCCACAUGGCAGCUGCCAUCUUCCUACCACUGGUGGCCAUGGUGUUGCUGGUGGGAGGGGUGUACCUCUAUUUCUCCAGACUCCAGGGCAAGAGUCCUCUGCAACUUCCCCGAACUCAUCCUCGCCCCUAUAACCGCAUCACGGUGGAGUCAGCAUUUGACAAUCCAACUUAUGAGACUGGAUCUCUUUCCUUUGCAGGAGACGAGAGAAUAUGAAGUUUCCAUCUAGGUGGAGGCAGCCUGGGGAUGCACGUGCAGUCCCGCAUUGCAGGCCGGCGGCAGGGCUCCUGGCUCCCUGCUGUCCCUUCACCUUGGUGGCAGGGCUCCUGGAUCUCUGCUGUCCCUCACCUCCUGUACAUACCGCCUGGGAAGAGACACCACCAACCCCUUCCCUGCCUGCAAUGCCCCAGUGACCUAUUCUCUUGGCACCACUGCCUGCUUCGGGCCCUUCUUGGGAUUCAGGGGCGCCUGCCUCGGGUAGAACAUGGCUGAAGCACAUUACCAGCAGCCAACAUUCUGCUCCUCUUUUGCCCUGGACCCCCAGCCUGGAAGUUGCAGGCAGAGCAGGGGUGCUUGUUACACAUAACCACCAUCCAGCCCUGGCAUUCGAGGAUUCCAGAAGAGCUGACUUGACAGUGGGGGUGCCCCUUACCGGGCCAACUACCAGAGGCCAAAAUUGUUCUCAACCAUGACCUCUUGGUAGUCCUGGCAUGCCAACACCAGCCCCUCAGGGAGGUCUCUAGUCCCUCUCUAAAGGCUCAGAAUUGGACAGUUAAGCCUUCUGCCCUGUCCUGGGGAGGUGAUGAUUUAAGGAAUCCUAAAAGGUUCAGGGACUCUUAUCACAAGCCUCGGCUGGGCCUCACUGGAAAACUCAUGCUCCACACCAAAGCAGGACACCCUACGGCUCCCUGUCAUCCCUCUACCCUGAGGAGGGAGAGCCCUUCCUUGAAGUUUAUCUGGCUGUUACAAAUGUCCCUUUUCCCACCAGUCCCUCCUCUAAGCUACUUACCAUGUUCCCCCUUCCUGACACUAUGUUAUGGCAUGCCAGGAGAGGACAGGUACAUUCUGGAGAGGAGCAGAUAUCCAAGGACCCAGGAAUGUGGCACAGAACAGAAGUCAAAAAUCCCCAGGAGGAAUCUCAGUCCAUACCGAAGGCCACUUUGUACAUAUGAUGUAUUAUAUGGGGUCUGGGCUCCAGCCAGAGAACAAUCUUUUAUUUCUGUUGUUUCCUUAUUAAAAUGGUGUUUUGGAAAAAACAGAACAAAA